UCAUCAAUUUAAGUUUUUGGCAACCCGUUGGAGGCGCAGCCAAACGACACAGAAAAAGGGCUCACAAAUCAGCACGAACCAGCGGAGGAAAAAGGACACCAAAACCGUUGCACCGCAAACUCUUUCAUACUUUACACAAAACAAAAAACAAAAACAAAACAAAAUGAUGAUCAAGAUUAACUCGCUCCUACUACUCGGGUCUCUCCUUGUCGGCUCUACCGCUGCUGCGGGGGUCAAAGGAAUGCACUCUCCUCCAAGCACUCGAGGCAGACAAUUGAAGAAGAAAUUCGGAGGCCCCAACGCGCGAGACUGUGAAUUCUCCGACAAGAAAGAUACGGUGGAGUUUGAAUGCCGCUCCAAGAUUGGUGGUCCCACCAAAGGCAAGGAUUCGAAGGAUUCGACUGACGACGGAGCCACAGCCCGUGGUAUUUCGAUUGUGCCCGACUUGGAAAUCAAAGACAAAAUCAAGUAUCAGGUCAAGACCACCCGAGAUGGGAUUCGCGUCAAGUUGGAAUACAAGAACGAAGUCAAUGGCCAAGACAAUUCGCCUAGCAUUCCGGUGCUAGAUGGAGAGGAAGACCCAGUCGCAAUUUCCAGAACCGAGACGGAAACCAAAACCAAAUUUGAACUCAAUUUCAUGAGUCUGGUGGAAUAUGUCAAGGGGAACGAUACCGACGUAGAGAGUGAAACAGAAGCCUACAACUGGGACUCGGAUGAAAUUCUACAAACCAUUCCCUUGACUCGUUGGGAUGAUAUCUCUGAUGUCAUGAAUGACGAUGUGGGAGUUGUUUCUUACUUUACAGCUACUUCGGAAGCAUUGGGCGACGAUGGAGGAGUCGUCACCUUUAAUUUUACCAUUGCACGUGCUGAUCAGGGAGACCACAUCAGUGCCAACAGCAUGAAGAUUGAUGUUCGCAUUGUCGACUUUCCUUGGCUACAAACGGACUCCUCCUACAUUGCCUUGAUGAGCACCUUUGAAUCCCAAAAGAAGGUCAAGGUCAAGUACGAUGAAAAAGCCAAAGUUUCCGAGGGAGGAAGGGCCAAACGGGCAAAGGACAUUUCCAUCUCUUUCAAUGAUGAAGAUUUGGAAGACACCUUGGGUUUUACUGCCUAUGGACAAUACACAUGGGAAGAGGAUGCCAAGGUCAGCAGAUCUAUGACGGAACUAGACACAAUGACGUCACGACAAGGCACGGAGAAUAUGACUGAAACGAUGGAAGACACGGACACAAUUCAGGUCGUUGCUACGUCUCCUACUGAUGUUGGCACUGAAACAUACCAGAGCAUUGCCUAUUCAUUUGUGGGAUCCGAAGCUCAAGGCGCUGCUGACAUCUUUUGGGACCCUACAACUGGAAUUUCCUACGAAACCUCUUCUGCUUUGGGAGGAAUGGCUCGAUUGGUGGGUGCUGGGCUCGUUGGAACCAUUACGCUACUAGCAGCAUGGUAAAGAAGGGGUUCGUACCGGUAUGCAAGAAGGUCCAGUCCCCUGAUGAUGUGUAUAGAUUGAUACAUCUCGGUGGUACCGGGAGGUAGAAGCCUGUGCCAUUCUUAUGCCUGGUUCCCCAAGUCCGUGAGUUUGUGGACGAAACCAAUGCAAUUGCAUCCAUUCCUACAUUUUAGUAUAAUGUAUUGUAGAUAUUUUAAAAAGGAGGUUGCCGC